AUGUCGAAUGACGAUUUGGACAAGUUCAGAACGGAGUGGAAGAGUGAGCUGAGCAGCAAGGGCGGGCCAAGUAAAUCAUCGCAUAAUGAUAUUUCAACACAUCAGCCACCUGCUCAAGAUACACACGAUCCCUCUGAUCAUGCGGUGCGCAUCUACGAGCAGGCAGUGGAAGCUGAGCAGGUGGGCCAGCUCGGAGACUCGAUAGAUUUGUACAGGCGUGCAUUUAAGCUCGACGACGCUGUCGAUAAGCGUUAUGCACGCUACGUGAGCCACAAAGUGGCACGAGAGCGUGAAGAGGCGAAUGAUAACGAUGACGGGGCAAUUACUCAUGAAAGGGAUGAUAUAGAGUUAAAUAAAGAUGGCAAUUACGUCUACAAUUUUGCAAAGACGAUACAGACUGAACCAGACGCACCAAAACAAUCAAGUUACAGAUUAGACGCGAUUGAUAAGCUUAUCGAAUCACUCGAUAACACACUCACACUCGCAGCCGAGAAUGAAGACGAACAGUGUCCAAUCUCAGCUCUACCGGACGAAAUAAUACUACACAUUUACCGCAAUCUCGUCCAGAGAACAGAUCUGCAGACCCUGGUGAGGUUCUCACACACAAGCAAGAAACUCCUGCUGCUCUCCAACGACAAUAUCAUAUGGAAGGAUCUUGCACGCACACACCUCGUCGCGCCACAUCAGCUCAAGCCGUCUGUCAGAGUCGAUGAGCUUGCUUUAGUCAAGUAUAGUGGGAACUGGAGGAAAUUGUGGAUAGAUACCCCGCGUGUACGCUUGGAUGGCGUUUAUAUUUCUAUAUGCCGCUAUCUCAGACACGGAGAGUCCGAGUCGGCAUGGACUACGUUCACUCAGCUCGUCACUUUCUACAGAUAUCUACGCUUCUUUCCAGAUGGUCUUGUGAUCAGCUGGCUGAGCACAGACGUGCCGACUAGCAGCGUUCCUGCGCUCAACGAGAAUUUGCGAUGCAAAGGACUAUUACAUGGCAGAUGGAAGCUCAGGAACGACUCUAUCCUCAUCGAUGACCUCAAAGACCCCGAUCGCGACAUCAGGAGAGUGUCGUAUGUGUUCAGGAUGAAGGCCAAAUUGAAAUCAAGUGUGCAUGGCAAACAUAACAAGAUCGAGCUACUGGAGUAUGUUUCAGUCAACCGAGAGGAGGAGGAGGUGGAUAUACCAUUGAAGGCAGGUAGAAAUUUGACUAUUCUAUCGCUGUCUCACCUUACCUCAGCACCAAAGACCUUACUACUUUUCUAA